AUGACUGUGCCUGAACUGCUGACUCUAGCUAGGAGAAAACGAGUGGACUCAGAAGAACCAGAGGAGCCUGUCAGUAAACCUGCAGCAUCUACAGACUCGGAGACCUCUGACAGUGAUGAUGAGUGUACUGUCGGAGGCACCAAAGCCAAGAAGAAGGUGAAAGCUGGUAAAGGUGCAGAAAAGAAAAACCUCACAAAGAAGAAAGUGAACAAGGCUGCUUCUUCAGGUAGCUCAGAUGGAGACAGCUCAGCUGAAAGCUCUGCUCCAGAAGAGGGCGAGGUGUCCGACUCUGAGAGCAACAGCUCCUCCUCCAGCUCGGAUUCGGAUUUGUCCUCGGAGGACGAAGAAUUCAAAGAUGGUUACGGAGAUGAUCUGAUGGGAGACGAGGAGGACAGGGCACGUUUAGAGCAGAUGACGGAGAAAGAAAGAGAACAGGAGCUGUUUAACCGUAUUGAGAAAAGAGAGGUGCUCAAGCGCAGGUGA